AUGACUCAGAAAGUACUACUUCUCGGAUCUGGCUUCGUUGCCAAGCCAACUGUUGACAUUCUUGCUAAACAACCUGACGUUGAGGUCACUGUUGCAUGCAGAACCUUGUCCAAGGCUAAGGAAUUGGCCGGCUCUGUGGCCAGCGCAUUGUCGUUGGACGUUACCGACCAAGAAGCUUUGGACAAAGAGGUCGACAAGUACGAUGUUGUGAUCUCUUUGAUCCCAUACAUCUACCACGCUAGCGUUGUCAAGGCUGCCAUCAAGUCCAAGCAUACCAAUGUCGUGACCACCUCUUACAUCUCUCCAGCUUUGAAGGAGUUGGAGCCAGCGAUCAAGGAAGCCGGUAUUGUUGUCAUGAACGAGAUCGGUUUGGACCCAGGUAUUGACCACUUGUAUGCCGUCAAGACCAUCGACGAGGUCCACAAGGCCGGCGGUAAGAUCACCUCGUUCUUGUCGUACUGUGGUGGUUUGCCGGCUCCUGAGGAUUCCGACAAUCCAUUGGGAUACAAGUUCUCUUGGUCUUCUAGAGGUGUCUUGCUUGCUUUGAGAAACCAGGCCACUUACUGGAAGAACGGUAAGAUUGAGAAGAUCGCUUCCGAGGACCUUAUGGCCUCUGCCAAGCCAUACUUCAUUUACCCAGGAUACGCCUUGGUCUGCUAUCCAAACAGAGACUCCACUGUGUACAAGGAAUUGUACAGCAUUCCAGAGGCCCAGACCGUCAUCAGAGGUACUCUGAGAUUCCAAGGUUUCCCAGAAUUCGUCAAAGUUCUUGUCGACAUGGGAUUCUUGAAGGAGGACCCAUCUGAGAUUUUCUCCAAGCCUGCUCCAUGGAACGAGGUUGUUGCCAAGUACAUUGGCGCUGCUUCCUCUUCUGAGAAGGAUAUUGUUGCCAAGAUCGACUCCUUGACCAAGUUCAAGGACGAGGCCGACAGAGAGAGAAUCUUGGCUGGUUUCAAGUGGCUCGGUAUGUUCUCUUCCAAAAACAUCACCCCUGCUGGAAACCCUCUCGACACCCUGUGUGCCACUCUUGAGGAGUUGAUGCAAUACACCGAGAACGAGAGAGACUUGGUGAUUUUGCAACACAAGUUCGGUAUUGAAUGGGCUGACGGCAAGACCGAGACCAGAACCUCCACUCUUGUUGACUACGGUGUUCCAGGCGGAUACUCUUCCAUGGCCAAGCUCGUUGGUGUCCCAUGUGCCGUUGCUGUGUUGCAGGUCUUGAAGGGAGCUUUCUCCAAGCCAGGUCUGUAUGCCCCAAUGACUCCUGAGAUCAACGAUCCAAUCAUGAAGAUCUUGAAGGAUGACUACGGCAUCUACCUGACCGAGAAGACUUUGUAA